GCCCUGAGACCUCAAGUAUCACAUCCAUGCAAGAUUUCAUCAUGGGGAAUGGCUAUUACAACAUGGUGGCAACAGUGCUCUUGGUCAUGAACUUUGAGAGGACAGGAGCAGUGCAGGAUUCCUGCAGAGACUGUCUAGCUGGUACUUUCUGUGGGAAGAACAAGACUCAGAUUUGCAUCCCUUGUCCUCAAAAUAGUUUCUCCCGCACAAGUGGACAGAAAGACUGUGACAUAUGCAGGCGGUGUGAAGGUGUUUUCAGGACCAAGAGGGCGUGCUCCCCGACCAGUGACACAGAGUGUGAGUGUGUUGCAGGAUUCCACUGCUUGGGGGCAGGGUGCACCAUGUGUCAACAGGACUGUAAACAAGGUCAAGAAUUAACAAAAGAGGGUUGUAAAGACUGUUGCUUUGGGACAUUUAAUGAUCAGAAAAAUGGCAUCUGUCAGCCCUGGACAAACUGUUCUUUGGAUGGAAAGUCUGUACUUGUGAAUGGGACGAAGGAAAGGGAUGUGCUAUGUGGACCACCUGCAGAUAACUCCUCUCCAGAUACAUCCUCAGUCACUGUUCCUGCUCCCGGAAGUAAGCCAGAUCACCAUCCACAGAUCAGCACCUUCUUUCUUGCACUAACAUCGGCUGCCGUGUUGUUCCUGGUGUUCUUCUGCGUGCUCCGUUUCUCCGUUGCUAAAUGGAGUAGAAAGAAACUCCUGUAUAUAUUCAAGCAACCAUUUAUAAAACCAGUGCAAACUGCCCAGGAGGAAGAUGCCUGUAGCUGCCGAUUUCCAGAAGAAGAAGAAGGAGACAGUGAACUAUGAAGCAGAAAUCCAAACAGCUGUUGGGACUCUCUUGAAAAGAAGCAAAGGAGAAAUACAAGUGAUCCCUCUACCACAUCCUUUUAAAAUGAAAACACCAUCCUAGAUAAUACCUAGGACUACCCUCUGACAAGUUUUUUCUAAAUGCUAAAGAGUUGGCCUUUAAAAAUAUACCACUUUUAACAGAACAGAAGGAUGAGCCAGAGCUGGUAGUCAAAAGGCAUAUUCUAGAUGCUACCUAACAAACUUGGACUAGUUUUUUUUGAACCCCAAAGAGAAUUAUAUUUUAAAUUUAAUCAUGUAGGCCCAAUAGUUCUGCUAAAAUUUUAAUCAAAACCAAUUCCAUUUUUUUCUUUGUGCUAAUACGGCUUGUGACAAUAAGCCAUAAAACAUAGAUCAUUCUCAAUCAAAAUUUCCAUUGGUUCCAUCACUUAGGGCAAUGACCUCUUCACUGCC